CUGUGCCAGGUAUUAUCGGCUGUAAAAACAGAAUUGGUAGAUGCUCUGAAGGAUGAGAUAAACGCAGAGAAGCAACUGGAAACAGAAAAUUUCGGUAAAGAUUAUGUUCCAACUAUACCUGGCUUUGAAAUCACCACAAAUGAUGCCGAAGUUCGAUUGAAAAAAACUCAUGGCAAUGAAAAGAUUCUUGUCAUAUUUAAUGUUAAUCAUUCUGUGGAUAUUAAUGAUGAAUUCCAUGAAACAGAAAAUCCACAGGAGGUUGUUCCAGUUGCUUUGCCACCGUUAACAAUAGAAAUCACCAAGGGCGAUGAACGUUUAUGCUUCCACUUGGAGCUUGUGGAACCUGGUGUUGAUAAUGGUGAAUUUGAUUUUCGUGUCGAAGAAUUUUAUAUCGCACCGGUAUCAUCAGAUGAAGAAGUACCUGCUUCUGUUUACGCAUCGUCUGGAAGAUAUAUCGACCCCCAUCUUCAUGAUUUGCUUUUUGUACGAUUCUUGGAAGAGCGUGGUUUCAAUACUCAAUUUUGUCAGCAACUCGUGAAGUUUGCGACGCAUUAUGAACAUUCUCGAUAUGUAUCUCUUUUGGACAAAAUCAAAAAUUUCGUGGGCAAGUGA